GGCCGUGACACGCGGGAGCCUCCCGGUAACGGCCGGGCCGACCCCGGGGCCCGGCUGCGGGGCGGGGCCAACGGCAGCGCCGCGCUCCCCGCCGCGCCCAGCAGGGGGCGCCCGCGCCCCGCGUCGCCGGCCCGUUCCCGGCAUGCCCAGCGGCGCGCGGGGCGCGGCGGGAGCCGUAGUCACGGGCGGCGGCGGCGGCGGCGGCGGCGGCGGCCCCGCCCCGAACCCGGAAGUGAGCGGGGAGGCGGAGGAGGUUCUAAGAUGGCGUCGCCUCCUCAGGGGGGCCCGAUGGCGAUCGCCAUGCGGCUGCGGAACCAGCUCCAGGCCGUCUACAAGAUGGACCCGCUCCGGAACGAGGAGGAGGUGAAGGUGAAGAUGAAGGAGCUGAACGAGCACAUCGUGUGCUGCCUGUGCGCCGGGUACUUCAUCGAUGCCACCACCAUCACCGAGUGCCUGCACACGUUCUGCAAGAGCUGCAUCGUCAAGUACCUGCAGACCAGCAAGUACUGCCCCAUGUGCAACACCAAGAUCCACGAGACGCAGCCGCUGCUCAACCUCAAGCUGGACCGCGUCAUGCAGGACAUUGUCUACAAGCUGGUGCCUGGUCUGCAGGAGAGUGAAGAGAAGAGGAUCCGGGAAUUCUACCAGUCCCGCGGCCUCGACCGGGUGACGCAGCCCAGCAGUGAGGACACAGUCGGGGGUGACCCCAUGGGGCUCCCCUACAGCACCUUCGAUCACUCCCGCGCCCAUUACUUCCGCUACGACGAGCACGUCUCGCUCUGCCUGGAGAAGCAGAGCUCCAGCAAGGACAAGAGCAAGGCCGUGCUGCAGCAGAAGUACGUGAGAUGCUCCGUGCGGGCCCAGAUCCGGCACCUGCGGAGGGUCCUGUGCCACCGCCUGGGGCUGCCGCUGCAGCACGUGCAGAUCCUGUUCAACAACGAGGCCCUCCCCGACCACAUGACGAUGAAGCAGCUCUGGCUCUCGCGCUGGUUUGGCAAGCCCGCGCCCCUCCUGCUGCACUACAGCAUCAAGGACAAGAGGAGGUAGGGGCUGGGGGCGGGUGCUGCCCCCCCCGGAGCGCAGCCCUGCUCCCGCGCCCCCCACCCUGCUCCCCCUAACUUAAUGCUCCUCCUGCUCAAGUUUAUUUUUUGAAUAAAACUGUGGAAAAUC